CGAGAAAAAAGAAAAGACGCCGGGUUGUAAUAACGAUGGGACGCGGGUGCUCAUCCAUAUUAGAAGAGUAUUUAAUGAACUCAGACCGUGGAGAAGACACUCCUUCUGCUCCCGGCACUCCGCUUUAGCUCCCGUACUGAGUCUAUGUGCGGGAGGGGGGUGCGCACAUAUCUUUUUACCAGCGUCGCCUCGAAGACACAAAAGACGGCGCUGCAAACGGAGAUGUGCUCUGAUAGCGGGAGAAGCCAGUCUUGAAGUCGUUGUUUCCGCAGCCGUGCCCGCCCGCGCCCGCGAGGCAGACAGGCACCGACCGGUCCUAUGGGAGACUCCGCGGGGAUGCGCACGGAGUGAAAAAAAAAAGAAAGGCGAGCGGCAUUGUGAUUGAUCUACCGAGAGAAAAAAAGCAUAGGGUCUCGCGCGGCGAGUCAUGUUUGCUCCGGUCGGAGCAUCGACGCGGCGGCAUCAAAGUUGAAGGAGACGUACGUUGUUUUGUUUUAUUCACCGGGGCUGCACAGUCGCGACGCGUUCACACCAGCGCCGACCUUUAACUUGCAACACCCGCCCCUCUCCUAAAAAAAAAUAAAAAAGAGGCGGACGCGCUGUCCGCGGUGCUGAAACAGAGCGACUUGGCCCAUCAAAUAUAUAGUGCGGGAGAGGAAGACGCUCUCACUUCGCACACCUGCUUUCCGGAGCUUCGUGGGUUUUAUCCGGCAGCUUCAGCGAGAACUAAUUACAUUAGCAGCUGAUCGCGCCGCGUCAUGCUGGGGAUGAAGUGGAAGAUGGUGGCGGACUCCCUGCGUGGACGGAGAAGGAGGCUGCCCUGCUUCCUCUGGUUGCUCCUGCUGGCCGCCGCUGGAAGUCUGGUCCUCUUCAUCCACCUACAGGACCUGUCGGAGAUGGUCCUGCAGCAAGGCCCAGGUGUGAAGCUUAGAAGCGCUCCACGGCAGUCCAGAGAGACUCUUUCUACGCAGGACAGAGAGAGGGGCAAAUCUGACAAUUAUCAGGACCGAACCGAAGGCAUCUUGUCCAGCCCGAUCCCUCCGAUGCAGUUCCCACACUUUGAGGCGAGUAAACAGACGGCCACCCCUGGGUCCCGGGAGCAGAGCAGACAGGCGUCCUCCCCUGGGUCUCGGGAGCAGGACAUAAACCUCGUCCAUGUCUCUAAAAGACAACGCAAACUGCUGAAAACAAGUCCCCCAAUCCACCACUCCACCAAUAGUGAUUCCUCUUCUUCUUCUACGUCCUCCUCCUCGGUUGUCUCCCCUGCUGCCUCUGGCUCCUUCACCCCCGACAGCUGGAAAAAGCUCGGUGACUUUCAGAUAGCACGCCGGCAACUGAUGAAGGAGAUGUGCGCCAAGUACAAAAGCAGCAUCUCCAAGACCAUCACGGCUCAUCACGUGAGAAACCUCUUCGUGGAGGACAAGUACAAGUUGCUGUACUGCCAGGUGCCCAAGGCGGGCUGCUCCAACUGGAAGAGGACCCUGAUCGUGCUGGCGGGCCUGGCCCCCAACGCUCAGAGCAUUCAACAUGACACAGUCCACGAGGGCCACUAUCUCAGGGAGCUUAACACCUUCGACCGAAAGGGAAUCAUGCACCGUCUGGAGACCUACACCAAAGUCAUGUUUGUCCGAGAGCCCUUGGAGAGAAUGGUGUCGGCUUACAGGGACAAGUUUGAGAAUCCUAACAACUACUACCACAACCUGUUCGGGAAACCCAUCAUCUCCAAGUACAGGGCGAACCCGUCCCCAGAGGCCUUGAAGACGGGCAACGGGGUCACGUUCAAGGAGUUCGUCCAGUACCUGCUGGAUGUCCACCGGCCCGUAGGAAUGGACAUCCACUGGGACCAGACGAACCAGCUCUGCAACCCUUGUCUCAUAGACUACAACUUUAUCGGAAAGUUCGAGAACAUGGAGGAAGAGUCCAACUUUCUCCUGCGAUUGACUGGCGCUCCGCCCAACGUCAAGCUGCCCAGUUUUAAAGACAGGAACCCGGCCGACAAGAGAACCUCCGUGAACAUCACACAAAAAUACUUUUCACAGGUCAGCACGCUGGAGAGACAGCGAAUCUAUGACUUCUACUACACGGACUACCUGAUGUUUAACUACACCAAGCCUUUCAAGGAUUUAUAUUGACCGACUCCGAUCAACUCUUGAAACACAAUUCACAUUCCACUUCUGCAUCACUACCAUGACAGAAAUUUUGACAUAAAGAGGCUAUAAUCACAUGCUCACAUGGAUUUGCCUCGAAGCAGAGACAUCGGAGAGACUAAACAGUCUUCUUGAUUCCACAAAAGCUGCUUUUUUUAUGCAUAGAUUUCUACCAGAUUAUCUUCAUUUUCAAACAACUACUGUAUGUGAUAAAAAUAUAUCAGAUACUCUAAAUUGUCCUAAAAUCAAAGUUAUUUAUUCACUACUAGCACAUGGUGAGGUUGAAAUUAUAAAUGUGCUUCUUAAAAAAAGAAGUUUAUUAUUGUUCAACAGGCUUUAAAUCAUGCCUUACUGUGAGUCAAAUAGGAUUUAGAAAUGCAUUUUAUGGUUUUAUUCAACAUAGGCGCCACAUGGGUGCAAUUUAAUACAGUUUCUAAUCGUAUUCCUAAAGUCAGAAGUGAUUUAGUAGCCCCCAUGACCUGCCCUCUAGAAUAAUGAUACCAAAACAUUUAUGAAUAUAGGUGCUUUGGUUCACCUCAGAUUAAGAUCUGAGUAAUGAUCACCACAGUGUCGUGCAAUUUGUUCAUUCGGACUGGCUGCAAUUUAAAUAUUGAUUCAUUUGAAAUAUUUUCAUUGACCAUUUGACUCACAGGUGGUCCAGGCAUCGGUAUACCUCUAUGUAUUAAUGCAUACUAAUACAGAUAUUUAAUGUAAAUGGUUUUAUUGAACAUGAAUCGUAACACGAUGAAACACUAUAAAUAGUAGAAAUCUUUAAAAAUGUGUCAAGUGCUGUCCGCUCAGAAGCUGUGUGCACCUAUUGUAGCAAUUUUUUGUACUUCUAACUUUUGUCGGAUAGCUUUGUGCUUUGGUCUAACACAUACAUGUGCUGUAGGUCCCCCAUCACUGUAGAGGUACUUUACUUGGGUGGCUGUUGUUAAAUGCAGGACAUCCAGAUACAGAACCUUCUAUUGGUGUUACAGACUUUCUUAUCAUUCACUUUAUAGAGUCAGACAGCGUUGGCAAGCAAAUGGUCAAAAUCAAAGGUUAAAAAAACACAGAAACAGAUGUUUGGACUUGGUUUCAUGACCGUCUAAAAAUGUAUGAUUUGGACUUUCUUUUAAAAAAAAGAAAAGAGCGCGUUCACACUUAUCACCCUAUCUCACUAAACACCUACUGAACAGCUAUCACGUACAAAUCUCACACUGUCAGUAACUCCACAUUCUGUAUGUAUCACAUCUACUCUAAACCACCA